AUGCCGCUGUUUGGAGCUCUCCCCGCGUUUCACGGUCGCAGUUUUGCACAAAGAUCCUCUGUCUUUUCGCGAUUUAGCUCGUGCUCCUCCCUCGACGUGGUCUCCGGAAUCCAGAUCUGUAUCACGGGAAGCACAUCUGCUGGCCUACACCAGAUUCUUCCAUGGUUGUAUUAUCACAAUGUCAUUGGUGUUUCACAUUUCUUUCUAUUAGUUGAAGGAGAGGCUGCAAAGCCAGCUGUCACCUCUGUUCUUGAAUCUAUUCAGGAUGCUAGAAUGGAUUGGAUCAUUCACCUCGAUACUGAUGAGUUGAUUCAUCAAGCUGGUGCCCGAGAGUACUCCCUGAGGCGAUUGCUUUUAGAUGUUCCUGACAACGUUGACAUGGUUAUCUUCCCCAAUUAUGAAAGCAGCAUUGACCGUAUGACAUUAAGGAUCCUUUUACUGAGGCCUUUAUAAUUGCAUCGACAGCAACUGAGGAGGAGAUGGGGAACUGGUAACACCCUUAGCCCUCCGUGUACCAAGCAUCGACCAUUCCUCCCUAUCCUACCUGAAUUAAGAGAGAUCAUCACAUUGGUCUGAUGAUUACCUUUGUUCAGGUACCGGGAACAUAACUAUGCCCCAUGGCUAUCAUUCGUGGCCUCAAGGAACCCGACGUCUUUACCAAUGCAGUAACAUCAGCGAAAGCACAGUCGAAAACGAAGCCGUCAAACAUGGGUCUCGGAAACAAGGAGGCUAUGGCCAUCCAACCGAACGUAACUGCUGGUCAGUCCACACUGGAAGGUGGUCACGAGAGGUUACAGGCAACCGUAAGAAAGAUCUUGGAAAUGGUGGACGCCCAGGAACAGGAAGAAGCAAUGCCGCCGAGGCCGUCCCCUGGUUUGCUCGAGCUCUCGGAACGCGCCACUGCUUUGUCAUGACGACUUGACGACGCUGUGAGGUUCUGGAGGCGUUAUUAAGCAUGGACUCGGGUUGUUUAACCAUGCUAGGUGAUACAGCGCCCGAUAGGGCGCUAUUUUUUCUAGUGAGACGUGUAGAGGAGGCAGUCGAGUCAUUUCGCAGGAUACAAGUCGAAGACAUCGAGCCUGACGGUAUGCCAUUAUUGUCAGUACUUGCGGCAUGUAGGGAUCUAGGUGCGGUUAGUGGGUGUAUGUAUUUGAAGGUAUGAAUAGGAGUGUUGUGUACGACUUGGAUGGCACUAAUUACUGUUGAUAUGUUUUGGCACGUGCAGGUGAAAAAUAUGGCGCUUACUAAUAUCAUUUUUUCUUUUAA